CGUCAUUCCUGUUUGUCAAUGACCCUACGAAACAGACUUGCUCCAUUUCUGCUGAACCCUCCGAAAACACAUUCAACAUCUCUUCCUCUCUCGCUCUGAAUUUUUCUUCUUUUUCUUCCUCAACUUCGAUUGUUUCUUCGAAGCUGAAUUUUAAAAAAUGUCGUGGCUGAGGUCAGCCGUGAGCAAAGCCGUGGAGGUUGGGAACAAGAACAACCUCACUCGAACCGUCAAGAACUACGCCGACUCCGUCGUUCAUCAGGCCGGCCAAGCUGUUGCCGGCGGUGCUAAAAUCCUUCAAGAGCGCAUAAGUGCUCGAAAUUUUAGAAGUGUCAAGCAGACUAUAAAAAGAUUGGAAGAAGCGGCUGUCUCUUGUAGGGGCAAUGAAAGAGCUCAUUUACUGAAAAGAUGGUUAGCUGUGCUUAAAGAGAUUGAAAAGUUGUCUGAAGGUUCUUCUGAGGAUAAGCAAAGCACUCUUGAGCAAGAUACAGCGUCUGAUGACUUGAAGGAUAGUCCAAGAAAACCAUCCAUGGUUUUGUAUUAUGACUUGGAUUUGGGUGGUGAACCAAUGAAUUUUCAUGAUGUCUUCCUUCAAAGCCAAGCUUUAGAGGGCAUAACAUUGUCUAUGAUUCUUGAAGCACCAACUGAGGAAGAAGUUUCUCUUCUCCUGGAGAUGUUUGGGCUCUGCCUUACAGGUGGGAAGGAAGUUCACAAUGCAGUAGUUAGCAGUAUACAGGAUCUGGCAAAAGCUUUAUCCAGCUAUGAAGAUGAAGUAUUGGUGAAACGAGAGGAACUGCUUCAAUUUGCUCAAGGGGCCAUUUCAGGGCUCAAGAUUAAUGCUGAUAUUGGAAGAAUAGACACAGAAGCAUCUAGGCUAAAGGGAAAGCUUGAUGAGAUGGCUGCUUCCCAAAAGUUGUCUGAAGUUCGUGAAGGAACAACGUCAGAAACAAUAGAGUCAUUGAAAGAAGCACUUGCACAAAUUCGAGCUUGUUCCAAAUUGGAAGCGCUUCUACUAAAGAAGAAAUCUCUCAACAAUGGAGAUUCUCCCGAGAUUCAUGCACAAAAGGUUGAUAAGUUGAAGGUCUUAUCAGAAUCUCUCACUAGCUCCUCUGUGAAAUCUGAAAAGCGUAUUUCGGAGCACAGAUCUCAAAAGGAAGAGGCACUAAAAGUUCGCGUUACCAAAGCAAGUGAGGCAAGUGAAAGAGAGAAGGAACUAGCAUCUGAGAUUUCAGAGCUUGAAAGGCAAAGAGAUGAUCUUGAGGCUCAAUUGAAGAAGGUUAAUAUCUCGUUAGCAGCAGCUAAUGCCCGACUUCGAAAUGCUAGGGAAGAGAGAGAUCAGUUUGAGGAAGCAAAUGAUCAGAUUGUUGCACAUUUGAAAACAAAGGAGGAUGAGCUAUCGAAAUCUGUUGCCUCAUGUAGAAUAGAAGCUGAUGUUCUAAGUACAUGGCUUAAUUUUUUGGAAGAUACCUGGGUUCUCCAUCGCUCAUAUGCAGAAAUGAAGGAGAAGGAGGUCAAUGAUGAAUUAGAGAAACACGAGGUCUAUUUUGUGAACUUGGUCAUCCAUCUUCUCUCUGCAUACAAGAAAGAGUUGGAGCCUUCUAUCAGCCGUAUUUCAAAAUUUGUGGAGAACCUAAAUAAAUUGAGUGAUGGCUCACAGACUGCAUCUACUGCUGAUGAGGACUCCAUAGUAUUAAACCCAAGGAAAAAUCUCGAGGAGGAAUAUUUGGACUAUGAAGCCAAGAUUAUUACCACUUUUAGUGUUGUGGAUAACAUGAGAGAGCAAUUUUAUGCUCAACAAGCUAAAAUUUCCAGGAAAGACGACCCAAACAUUAAGAAGCUCUUUGAUGAAAUUGAGAAGUUAAGAGGGGAGUUUGAAUCUAUUGAGAGACCAAGUCUUGAAAUGGAAAAUCCUACUCAGAAAGUAGAAACUUUAUCUACUUCUGAAAUUAUUAAAAGUAGUAAACCUCAAUCUCCAAAAAAGGAUGCAGGGGCACAUAAAACUGAGCAGGAUGAGCAUAUCAAAUCACCUUCAGCAAAGGCAGAGCAGAUGUUAGACCCUGAGGCAGAAUUAGCAAAGCUCGAGUCAGAGUUUGGAAAGGUGGAUCAAGACUACACGACUGAGGAGAUUGGUGGCUGGGAGUUUGAUGAACUUGAACGGGAAUUAAGAUCUGGAGAUUAAGCAUGGUUCAAAUAUGUAAACCCUUGUUCACAUUCAAUAAACGAAACAAGAUAUAUUUUAUGAUAAUGUUAAACUCUAUCUUACCUCCCUAAAGCCGAAUGUCACAAGCUUUUGUGUAAACUUGUAACGAUUUGGAUCAUCAAUUUGUUCAUUCUUCUGUAAAUUCUCUCAAAUAUGAAUGUUGUAAAGUAAGAUAUCCAAGACAAAUAUAUGUAAAGUACUGUCUGAUUGCAAAUGUUGAACACAGUUUCUUGGACCA